AUGGCAUCAAAAUCUACCAGUGGUGCUGCGAAACGCAAAAUAAAAAAACAAAGAGAAGAAUCUGUUAAGCGGAUGCCGAAAACUGACACAUAUUUCAAACAAAACCACGAAGAAACAGAAGAGCAAGAUAUUGAUAACCCAGGUAUUUUAUUAAAUAAAAUUAAAACUGCCAGUAAUUCCGUCUCAGAACCAACUGCAACAUCUAGUAUUGACACUAUUAAUACUAAAAAUGUUGAACCUAAUAUUUUUAACAGUUUAAUCUGUGAACGUUUUCCUACUGACAAAGUUCAUUUUAAAGAACCACUCAGUUACCAAGAAAAACGUUUUAUAAUUUCUCAAGGCCCUUGUCAACCUAAGGGUCCAUUUCCAACUGACAAUAGAAUUAGUUCAUCUUGGGUUACGGGAAAUAAUGAUUGGAGACAUCUAACUCAAAAUAUAAAACGCCAUGAUAAUUCAAAUGAUCCUAUUCAAUGUUGUAUUAUAUUUGAGCAAUGGCGCCUAAAUAAAACUAUUUCCGAAGAAAUGGAAUUAUCUAUUCAAAAUGAAUGUAACUUUUGGAGACAAGUAUUAGAUCGGGUUAUAAAUGUCACAUUAACAUUAGCUACAUCCAAUUUGUCUUUUAGAGGUCACCGAGAAACAGACUUGAGUAAAAAUAAAGGCAAUUUUUUAUCAAUAAUUACCCUUAUUUCAAAAUAUGAUCCCAUAUUAGAAAAUCUAUUGAGUAUGCCAGGUGGUAAGGGUACAGCAAAUUAUUUAAGUAACACUAUUCAAAAUGAGAUUAUUACUUUACUCGCAAAUACGAUAUUAGAACAAAUUAUUUUAAGUAUUAACCGAUCACCAUUUUUUUCUGUCAUAAUGGAUACUACUCAAGACAUUAGUAAGAUUGAUCAACUAAGUCAAGUUAUUCGAUACGUUUCGGUUAUUUCAGACUCUGAUGGUAAUCCUAAGACAUUGCAAAUAAAUGAAUCAUUUAUUGGCUUUGUAGAAAUUGUUGACCAAUCAAGUGCUGGUUUAGAAGAAUCUAUUAUUAAUUGUAUUACAAAAAAUAAUUUAAAUUUGUCAAAACUUCGAGGUCAAGGGUAUGAUGGGGCUGCCAACAUGAGUGGUGUAUAUUCAGGUGUCCAGGCUAGGUUAAAAUCUAAACAAAAAUUGGCUACAUAUAUCCAUUGUGCUUCACAUAAUUUGAACUUAGUUCUAAACGAUGCAAUUAAUUCAUCAACGGAAGUAAAAACUUUCUUUGGACUUGUGGAAAAAAUGUAUACAUUUUUUUCAAAUAGUAUUAAACGUUGGCAAUUACUUUUAUCUUCAGAAUCAUCAGAUAUUUCAAUUACAUUAAAAAGAUUAUGUACCACUCGUUGGUCAUCAAGGUAUGAUUCUUUAUUAGCUGUUCGACAUCGUUACGUUGAUAUUUUAAAAUGUUUAUCGCAAAUAAUUCUUAGAAGCAAAAAUAAGGACGAAAUAUUUGAAGCAAAUUAUUUAAAAGUUCAUAUGGAAGAUUUUCAAUUUAUAUUCAGUGUAAUUUUCAUUGGCAAAAUUCUAGAAACUGUAAAUGUUGUAUCAAAAGCUCUUCAGUCUCCUAAACAAGAACUGAGCACAGCAGUAUCUUUGCUGAAUUCUGCGUUGAUAAAACUCCAAGAAUACAGGUCACAAUACAGUGAUUUUUUCGAAAUAGCAGUAGAAAUCGCAAAAAAAUGGGGUGUACCACAAAAAUUUCAAGAAAAAAGAACCUGA